UUUUCCCUUAUCAAAUUUUCUGAGAUGACCGCAUUGGUUGGUGCAAUUAUUUCGCUUUAUUGAUUAUUGCAACGCACAAAGAGCAUGAUUCAAACACGAUAUGAGUCAAGGUCGUUUUUGCUAAACGAAUUGCGUGCGAAUUGUACUGUACAGUGACAAUAUACUGCUGAUUGACGUUUAAAUUUAGCAUUUGUCACGAAAAUUAGCAUGACUUGUUACUAAGCGUUCGUUUUAAAAACGAAAAGAAAAACAUUUCACUUGUGAUAGAUAACAAACGGGUAAAAACGAUUAUUUUUAAUAUGCUUAAAUUACACUGAAAAAUAAGCUUGCUCUAUUUUUUCUUGCAUGGAGCAAGUUUUUUGAAGUAAAAACUCUCUAUCAGCAUAUGAUUGUUAAUUACAGUUAAACAAGGUUUAAUUUACUUUUAAUCGUCACUUAUUUACAUUUUAUGCUUGUAAAAACUCUACUGUAUGAGUUUCGAGAUUUUAGAAUACGAUAAUUUCUUAGUAUAGUUUGUGAAUCGAUAAAUUUACUAAAAAAUUAUUUUACAGAAUUAAUGGUUUUUCUGACUAAGUAUGGAACUAAUUAUUAAAAAAAGCAUUAUUGAACAUAAGCAAUGUGAUAAAUGUAGAUGUAGUUUAAGUCGUGCUUCGUGUUAUAAUAAUAUGAUUAAUGUCUCAGAGCAAAACGUGUAAUAAAUCUGCUAUGUAAGAGAACAAAAAUCUAGAAGUUAAAAAUACGAAAACACGUGAAAAAUACACGCAUGGGAUCGAUGUGAAACAGAGAUGAUCCUUGCAUUGUAUUGAUAGACGCAAGAGUAAACAAAACAAAAAGCAUUACGACGAAACUGUUACAGUGUCUGUGACGGUCACUACUGCUUACGCACGCAAAUGUGCGCAUUCAGAUAUGUAUUCUCUCUAUUCCAUGGCUCGUCUAUUUUCGAUAUCACGCUCUCACACUCGCACGUACACGAAAAUAAAGUGUAGCGCGUAAUCACUGAUAAUACACAUGUACAUCUGAAACUAAAGGUGAGCAGACUGCCGCAGCGGUAGCAGCUGCGAUCAAAGAGCAACUUGGAGCAGGCGGUAGUGGUAAAAAAAGUGCGAGAGAGUGAGAGAGAGAGAAAGAGAUGGCACGCGAUCACGCAAGAGAGAGACAGUGAUUCGCGCGUAUACGCGGCGUUUAUGACGUCGUCAAUGGCCGUCGCGUUGCAUGCUGCUGGUUGCUACUCGCCACGCGCGAUAGUAAUCACGGCACGCACGGGAAAUAUAGGCUAAAAUCAAAAGGUGUGCUAAAAGAGAGAGGCGAACGAGGAUAUCGCGCGCUGUGUGAAAGUUGAGCCUGGUGAAAAUACCGUACUCUUAAAGAGAGCCUGCUCGCUCGCCAAGUGCAUUGUGUCUGUGUAUAGCUUCUCGCUACUGGACAACUGCGCGUUGUAUCACGUUCAACCACAACAAAUCAAUCCAAAAUCUCGAACGUGUGCAGUCUGUACAUUUGCUUCGUGCAGCAUAAUAGCUGGAGCAGUGACGUCUGGACGCCCGUAUUAUGGGCUCCGAAAAGCACAAGAAACACAAGAAGCACAAGCGAGGGAGACACGAAGGUGAAGCUCUCUAUCUUACUCCAGAAAAACCACCGGCCUUGAAAUUAAUAUUAAAAGUAGGAGGGAGUUACCCAACACCGGAACACGCAGGCAGUGAUUCUCCUCAUCAAUCAGCAAUGUUAUCUCAGUAUUACCAGCAGCAGCUGGUCAAUUAUUCAGUGACUCCAGGAGAACAAGAGUAUGACAGGUAUCUAGGUCACAAAAAAUUAAAGAAAAAGAAGAAAAAGAAGGAUAAGAGGCAUAAGCAUCAUCACAAAGAUAAAAAAAGGAAAAGAGAGGAAUCCAGUCAAGAGUCAGUUGGUGAUGGCGACGACAGUAUUGCAGAAAUACCUAAAAAAAUACAUGCCACUCAUCAAAUUCUAUCCUCGAAGCCUAUACUAUCAUCAAAUAAUGAAAUAAGGACCUUAAGCCAGCCUAUUGCAAGUAGUGGAUUGUCUCCGCAUAGAGAACCACGAACAUGUGUUCUCAAAAAAAUUGCAGAAAGAACUCCACUUCAGAGACUAUUAGAGCAUUUACUUAGGUCAAUGGAAAAACGUGAUCCACAACAAUUUUUUGCAUGGCCGGUUACAGAUAGCAUUGCUCCUGGGUAUUCUCAGAUCAUUUUAAAUCCUAUGGAUUUUAGUACAAUUAAACAGAAAAUAGAUGAUAAUAAUUAUCAAACUCUCAAUGAUUUCGUAGAAGAUUUCAAACUUAUGUGUGAUAAUGCUAUGACCUACAAUCAUCCUGAUACCAUUUAUUACAAAGCUGCUAAAAAGUUGCUACAUGUUGGUCUUAAAAUGACUAUACCUGACAAGCUUAAACAAUUAAGAUCAGUUUUGGUAUAUAUGCAAGAUCUAACUAAGGAUGAACUUGGUUUUGAAUUAGGUAUUGAAGAUCCAGAUGUUCACAUUACUGAAGAACAAAUUGAGAAAGAGAGAGAACAGGAAGAACAAAUAGAGGAAGCUGAGGAAUUGAGGAAAGAAAAUCAGAGAAAAAUGAGAUUAGCAAACCUCACUAAAUUUGAAGCAAUUCCAGAUGAUUUGACCCCAGACGAAAUUCUGAAACAAGCGCGUGGUGCUGCUAAAUCUGCAGCUGAAAAGUUGAGCCUCAAACGAGUUAGUUCAAAAAUGGGAUUUUUAAGGCAAAAGAAAGAUGGUACAACAAGUCUACAAAUUAUAGUACCUGGAGAUGGAGUGAUUCCAGGUACAAAUCAGAGACCUGUUUCUUUAGGACAAUUAAUAGGGAAAUUAAGUCAUGGUACAGGAGCUUUAGCUGGAUUUAGAGAAGAUAGAAGAAACUUGUCCAAACCAGUUAAACCUUUGUAUUAUGGAGCAUUUGGUUCAUAUGCUCCAAGUUAUGACUCAACAUUUUCAAAUCUCACAAAAGAAGAAUCAGAUAUAGUAUAUCAAACAUAUGGUGAUGAGACUGCUGUUCAGUACGCUGAAUCCAUUCUUGACUUUGCUAAAGACUGCGAUUACACAUUGACUAUGGUAGAUGAUUUAUUGGACAUUUUAACAAAUGGUGAACACAGAAAAACUAAAAAAGUUUUGGAAGAAAAACGAAGGCUUAGAGAAGAAGAAGAAAAGAUUAAACAUUUACUUGAAAAGCCAACUCAAGAUGUUAAUCGUAACAUUCCUCAAGUAGAAAAAGUCAAAGUUGAUCUAGAUCAACUGAAAACAUUAUCAGAAAUCGGCAUUGACAUUAACUUCCUGGAAAAUUUAGAAGAAGAACUAAAAGCCAGUGAUGAGCGUUCUACACUGCAAAGUAAUCUUGAAGAAACUUCAAACAUGCUUAAUAAUCUUAGACAGACGCAACACGAGCGAUUAUCUGCCCCUCCUCCUCAACAUUUAGCAAACAUACAAAAACCAUCGGAAUCAGAAGUAAUACUAGCUGACAAAAUUACUGAAAAUUUGACGAAUAUUGCGAAGAAAUUGCCGCCAUCUGCUAUUGCGCCAGUUGAUGGAUUAAGGAAAGCAAUGGGAAUUGCUGGACCUCUAGGCGGACCAGAACCAAUGGAAGUAGAACCAAUUACACAUAAUCCAUCGAUUGUAACGGAAAACUCAAUAAUCCAAGAAAAUAGUUCAAAUCAAGAGGCUAACAAUAUGAUGCCAAUGUCAAUGUCUUUGGAUAUGAAUAGUGUAAGGCAAGGGCAAUUACCAAUGCAAAUUGUGUUGGGACAAAGUCAAACUUCAUCUAUGCUAAGUACAACAGAAGCAUCUGGAGUUAAUGACUUAGAAUCUGAACUUCGAGAGUUCCUGGAGAGCGAUCCUACAUUAGGUCACUCUCCUCUUCAUGAUGACAAAACGUUAGAAGAUAUUUUAUCAGAAUCUUAGCACGUAAUAUAAAUUCACAGGUACCGUAUAGGAAUAUUUUAAACGUAAAAGUGUACAUUUGUUUUAUAAAUAAGUGUAAUAAAUAUAAGACUAAUUUACAUUUUAAAAAUGAAAAUAUACAAACGCUUUUGA